AUGCGUUCCAGCAUCCUUCAUUCAGUAGCGCUUAGUCUCGCUGUCCUUCGGGCCGCUGAAGCGAGUGUUUGCAAACCCCGGCCUUUGUCAUCUGGCGUUUCAACGAGUUUGAUAGCAUCGGAGAUAACAAGCUCUGGUUUUGUUUCGGAGUCUUUUACGAUCAGCUCGACUGUUGUUUCGGACGUCACAGCUGGAAUUGACACGACCACGGACGCAGGCACUGGAUCGACAUCGACAAUUGGAGUAACCAUUGGCGUAUCCGCUUCUGGUGAAGUCACUUCAACAGCAGAGUCAACCACCGGCACAACUUCCACCGAAAUUGAAGUCACCGACACGACCACUGCCCCAACAUCUGUCGAGACUGCUACUGCAACAAUAACAACCGCCGAAUUACCAAUUAUUACCGAGUUUCGAAUUAAAGGCGCGCGAGCCCCAGUUGAAGGCGCAGUUAUUUACUCCGAUCGCGUCAAGGGCAAUUAUCUUCAUUUCACCGGAAAGAAUGCACUCUACACCCCCGUUACCUUUAGUGUCGACACACUUACUGGCCACCUAUUGAUUGACAAUUCACUUCCCAUAUGUGCAUUUUUCACCCCAGAUCUACAAGACUUUGCGACACUGGGUGUCUGUCCCGAUAGUCUUGGGUCGGCGCAGGUUGCUAUUACUUGCACCCAGCCUGUCAAAGAUGGAGAUGCUUUGAGCUGCAGUGUUCCAUCGAUGUCUUGUGUUAAAGUCGUGGUCAAUCCUUUUGUUUCAUCUAUUACGUGUACUGCUACUGGAGAGGUUCUGAGGGACAUGUCUACGGAUUAUAGAUAUGAUAUUGAGGAGAAUCUUCUUGUUAUCGGACAUAUUGAUAAUGGGGCGGGCCUUGUGGUUCAUGCUUUGUAG